AUGGAGGCCAAGUUCGCCCUCCCGUCAAGCAACACGGCAUGGCAAGCCAAGGAAUCCGAGUGGCCGCGGCCCACGCCGAUCCUGUACAACGACGACGCCCUGAAGGAAGUCUCCGCCGGCCGGCCGCCCAGGCAACCAGUAAGCGACUUCGGCCUCGUCGCCCUCGUGCCCGCGGUCCUCGACCGCGUCUGCGCGCUCGAGGCGAUCACCGGCCCGGACCUGGCGGACCUGUACGCCAGCUCCGGCGAGCGCAUGGGCCGCUCCGUCCAGGCGCUCGACGACAUGGUCCGGCGCCGCAUGGGCGAGGCGAGCUGGGGGGUGCCGCCGGACCCGGUCCUGCAGAGCGCCAAGCCCCUCCUGAACUCGGCCUUCUACCACCUCUACGCGAGCAUCCCGCUCGCCGUCAUGAAGAAGCUGCUCUGGUGCCCCGCCGCCCUGGGCGAUCCGCGGGAGAUCGCGACGCUUUUCAGCGGGGCGGCUUCUCCUGACCUGUACAAGGCCCUCAUCCGCGCCGCGGACCAGCUGCGCAUCGAUUGCCGGCUGGGUCCCAAGUAUUUGAAAACGGUAGCACCAUUGCAGUAUGGGCCGGACGGGGCCAUUGGACCGUACGAGGGUGGCCUGCUCCCGUUCUGGUACCUCGAGUUCGUCCAUUCACGCCUUCCGCAGGCCGCGUCGCGCCAGACGCUCAGCACACCGAUAGACGAGGGCCUCCUGGAGGUCGAAGACCUUAGGCUGCAGAUGCAGGACCGGCCCCAGUCGUUGCCGCUCGCUGUCACGGCUGAACUACUUUCGGACAGUACAGUGUGGAAAUCUAAGUUCUUGAGACGUACCCUGCGCCACCUCGGGGUAAUUCUGUAA